GGCGUUUCCUGGCGCUGGCGGCGGAAACGGCGGCAGCGGCCGGGCCGGGCCGGGCUCCUGCGUGCCCAGGUGUCCCGCCGCCCCCCCCCGCGCCCCUACCCCUCCGUCUCCACCUCCGGCAUCCCUCUGCGGCCGGCGCAGGCGGCACCAUGUCGGUGGCAGGGCUGAAGAAGCAAUUCUACAAGGCCACCCAGCUGGUCAGCGAGAAGGUUGGAGGGGCUGAAGGGACCAAGCUUGAUGAUGACUUCAAGGAAAUGGAAAAGAAAGUGGACCUGACCAGCAAGGCAGUUACAGAAGUCUUGACCAGAACAAUAGAGUACCUCCAGCCCAACCCAGCUUCCAGGGCCAAGCUCAGCAUGCUCAACACCAUGUCAAAGAUCCGUGGGCAGGUGAAGAACCCUGGCUACCCGCAGUCGGAAGGGCUGCUGGGGGAGAGCAUGAUCCGCUACGGCAAGGAGCUGGGAGACGACUCCAACUUCGGCGAUGCACUUAUCGAUGCUGGGGAGUCCAUGAAGCGCUUGGCUGAGGUGAAGGACUCCCUGGAUAUUGAAGUCAAACAAAACUUUAUUGAUCCCCUCCAGAACCUCUGUGACAAAGACCUGAAAGAGAUCCAGCACCACCUCAAGAAGCUGGAGGGCAGACGCUUGGACUUCGACUACAAGAAGAAGCGCCAGGGCAAGAUCCCCGACGAGGAGCUGCGGCAGGCCAUGGAGAAGUUUGAGGAGUCCAAGGAAGUAGCAGAGACCAGCAUGCACAACCUCCUAGAGACUGAUAUUGAGCAGGUGAGCCAGCUCUCAGCCCUGGUGGAUGCCCAGCUGGACUACCACCGGCAGGCUGUGCAGAUCCUGGACGAGCUCGCGGAGAAGCUCAAGCGCAGAAUGAGGGAGGCCUCCUCACGGCCCAAGAGGGAAUACAAACCCAAGCCCAGGGAGCCCUACAACUUUGGAGACACCAACCAGACCAAUGGGGGCUUCUCUUGCACCCCCACCCCCAAAGCCUCAGCUCCCUCCUCUUUCCGAUCCGACAAGCCGUCCCGGUCCUCCGCCCGGAGCAUCCCCCCCCUGGACCAGCCCUGCUGCAAGGCUCUGUACGACUUCGAGCCGGAGAACGACGGCGAGCUGGGCUUCAAGGAGGGCAACAUCAUCACCCUGACCAACCAGAUUGAUGAGAACUGGUAUGAGGGCAUGAUCCACGGCCAGUCAGGCUUCUUCCCCCUCAACUACGUGGAGGUGCUGGUUCCACUACCUCAGUGAAGCAGCCUCGGCCCCCCCCGGCCCCCCCGGGGCUGCGCCUCCGUUCCGCC